UCCUGCCCGCCCGCAGCCGCCGCCGCCCCGCGCCCCAGCCCCGGCCCCGCCAUGGGAGACGCCGGCAGCGAGCGCAGCAAGGCGCCCAGCCUGCCGCCGCGCUGCCCCUGCGGCUUCUGGGGGUCCAGCAAGACUAUGAAUCUCUGUUCCAAAUGCUUUGCUGAAAAAAGAAAUCCACACAACGAAAAAGAUUUCCAGAAGAAGCAGCCAGAUGAUGACUCAACUCCCAGCACAAGCAACAGCCAGUCAGAUUUGUUCUCUGGAGAAACAAACAGUGACAACAGCAAUACCUCUCUAACCACGCAGGCCGCUAACUCCAACCAGCAACUUUUGACAGAACUGAAUGUAACUUCACCGAGCAAAGAGGAAUGUGGGCCAUGUACAGGUACAGCUCAUGCCUCAUUAACCACACCUACCAAAAGAUCUUGUGACUCAGAUUCACAGUCGGAGAGUGAGGCUUCUCCUGUGAAACGGCCACGGCUACUGGAUGACAGUAAUGACAGGCCUGAAGAAACCAGUCGAUCCAAACAGAAGAGUAGACGCCGAUGCUUCCAGUGCCAAACAAAACUGGAGCUAGUACAGCAGGAACUGGGAUCAUGUCGCUGUGGUUAUGUGUUCUGUAUGCUACAUCGCCUUCCUGAACAGCACGACUGCACGUUUGACCACAUGGGACGUGGACGUGAAGAAGCCAUUAUGAAAAUGGUGAAACUGGAUCGCAAAGUAGGAAGAUCUUGCCAACGCAUCGGCGAAGGAUGUUCCUGAGUGCAAGACUGCAACCAAAUGCUGUUCUCUUAGUUCACUAAUGUUAGCCUUAUUUAGGACAAAGUCAGCCAGACACCUUGUACUAGGCAAGUUUCAGACUACAGCCAAUCAGUUUCCUUUCUUUAGCCAACCGUCCUGGUACUGUAGUUUAGGGGAUGAUGGUGGGUGAAAUUGAUUUCUGGCUGGUUACUAAGGUGCCUGCUAGCCACCGUAUAAAAAUUAAAACAUGAAGAAACAUUAUUUUUGAGCAUGGCUAGUGGAUUUAAUCAAAACGAGAAAAAUCCAAAGGCUUCUGUUAUUGCUGGAGUCACUGUAAAAGCCUUACGCUGGGAACCUUCCAGCUGCGGAGUUAACACAAAUAGUUGUAUAGAAGCUGGUGUAAAAGUUUGCUAUGCACGUGGCUUUCAGACAAACUGUUUAAUGUGCAGCCUUUCACUUCUUCAUGCCUGGUUAUUCCUGAGGAGGUGAAAUACUACCAUGAGCAGCAACUGCAGCUGCUUAAGCCCAGAAGACCUGACUGGUCACUCGUGCCUUCAUCGCGUGUGGCUUUUGAGUUAGGCAGUGUCACCAGCAUCAGGGAUUCUGUUGGGGUAGGAACAUCUUUCUGGUUCUUCCCAGGAAGCCAAAAAGAAAGGGGGACAGAGAUUCUUAUGAAAAAUUUUUUAUAUCUAUCUUACUAUAAGGAACCUAUCAGGGGUUUUUUGUUUGUUUUUUUGUUUUGUUUUGUUUUUUUUUCCUCUCAGUUAAAUUACGAUCACUUUAAAGCCAACUCCAUCCCAGAGCAGUAAAUGGUGCAUACAUUUGACAUGGCAUCCACAGAGAUUCUGAGGGUCGUGUGAAGAUUCCACAGACACUUGAGCAGUGCAGCCAUUCCCACCGGCCGAAACCUGAUUGGCUCUUGUUUGCCUUUUGCUAAGUGCAGGUAUCUGAUAAUUGAUCAAAUAAGGCUAAUUCACAGCACAGUAGCCAUGGCUGGAUUCUACAGACUGACUUUCUGUAGCUAGACUUAUAUAUUGGGGAAAAAAAAGGACAUUUUGUAGCAAACGGAAUUCAGUAACAGUAUUGGGGAACAACCAGUGAAACACCCUGUAUCAGAUUGAGUUUGUAUUCCUCACAUCAGAACGUCAAUGAGAUAAUCACACGGGUUACACCAGCCCUGUUUCUAUGCAGCUGAACGCUCUCACAAACAUCUCUGCCCGCAUCUAUUGCAAAGACGGUAUAGAAAGUGAAUAUGAAAAGCAUUACAUGGGGUAGAAUGCUUGGGCUCUGUUGAGACCCAUGGGUCUGUUACGGUAUGUCACACUGAGCGGAACUGAGUGGCACCGGUCUCGUCAGUUUGUGAACAAAAAGCAAACAGAAUAUUCAGCACGUCUCCUGCUGCACACAGGGCUUACGCGAGUAAAAAGGGUUUGUACUGAAGUGACCCAGCUUGAUCCCAAGCGAAGGGUAACAGUCAGGUACAUCUGUAAGAAAACCUGAGGGAGGGAAAGAUUUUGUCUCAUUUUCAAAUACUGGGCAGGUAGAAAACAUCAGAGGGGUGAAGUAACCGUCACUUGGAAAACCCCAGCGUUGUGGGAGAACGCUUGGAUGAGUCAGCCUCCAUUCCACUUGGUACAGGUAACUAACUCCUCAUAGGCUAAGUCAUGUUGUUACUCCGGUAGAAGCAUUUAACAAGGAGAUAACUAAUUUAAAAAUAAAAAUGAAACAUAUCUCCACACACGCGUUCAGCAUCUGACUGUAUUAGCAUAAGUUAGCCAUGAAGCAAAUCAGAAGUGUCCCAUCGCUAUAAAAUGCAAGCUAUCCGAACGGCAAGUGAUUUAUUUUUUUUAGUUAUUGUUAUUAUAGUUAUUAUUCAAGAACAUGAAGCCAGCAGCAGAAUCUUCAGUAAUGUGCUGCAUUUUCAGGAAGCGGUCCUGCUGAAAGGGGCCGUCCAAGGAUAUGAUUUACAUUUGCCAUGAAGAAUUUCUAAAAGCACGGAUUUCUGCUGCUGCUGUUGAUACGCACUUUCUUUUCCUCCAAAACCCUACUCAUAGCAUUUGAUGGGCAUUCUGAAUGACACGCGAGACUUCUCUGCGUUAAUACUGAAGAUGCUAUUUUGUUCCUCCUUAAUGCUCUCUUCAAACUCAUUGCAAGUGCACAGAUGGUUUCAAGGUGGCUCUCGCGAGAACGCUACUUAAAAGUUCAUGUGAAUUAUGGACAAUGUUCACUUUAAACAAAGAAGUUGGGGACGGGGUUGUUCCUUUGCAGUAUCUGUUCUGUGAAGUUUGUUAAGCGUAAAGAAAGCUUAAGUUCUUGUAUCUUAAAAGAAGAUCUUAUUUAACCCUUUUGUGUUCUAGAUUUACUUACACAUGUAGCCUAGAGCUCAGUUUUAGUUUAACAUUGUGAAAAUAUUAAAAGAAUCUUGUAACUUUAUUCUUUUUCCUCCUGCUAAAAAAAAAUUAAACCAAUCAGAUUAAAGUUUGAAUUCCUUUCUGCCUAUUCCAACAGGUCUGGCUAUUUUGCACUAUGAAUCCGUUGCAAGCUCAUGUAAGAAAUAUGUUAGUGGGGAAAAUUCCAACGUUAAGCCAGUAACUUGGAGCUGCAUUUAUGGUUGGUGGAAGGUGAACGGUAUUUUCUGCCCUUUUGAAAGGGGAGAAUUGUAUUUUUGCUUCAUUCCAACUUAGAGAUUUUGUUUGUACACAGAUCUGGCUCAAUCUCCUGUAGCCUGAAUAUUGGUUUAAUUUUGAAGUUAGAUCAGAAGAGCAGGUUGUCUGUGCUGCUGCGCAGGUCAGGUGCAGACUGUGCACUCUGCCACUGCCAUGGAAGUUUUAAAAUGUCCUCAAUGUUCUUUCAUGCAUCAGCACCUGCAGUCGCUGCAUGCUUCAUGGAUGUUCAAGAAAUAGAUGAUAGAUUCUUAAUCAUUUAGAAGCUAGUAGUGCAAAGCUAAUAAAUGCCUAUCGAAGAGGAAGAGAGAACAGCAAGGUGUUUAUUUAAAACAACUUUGAACAUUGUUUGGAAUUGCAAUUGUGCCUCAUUUCUGGAGCGUGCACACCUGUUAUUUCCUCAAAAAUGAUUGUGGUACUUUCAGUUAGCAAACUGUGUGUGAUUCUUGAACAGCAUGGCUGUGUUACAGUAAAGGUAAGUUGGGUAAUACAGCUCUUCCCUGUUUUCAAGUGUCAAACCUACAGCUGGGUGCAAACUGAGGCUUUGAAGAAAAAUAAGAAUUGCCUUGUGACAGUUUUGGUUGUGACAACAGAGCCUGUCCUGAAUUACACCUGAUUUCUGUUUAGAAUCGGUUUCGGGUGUUGAGUGAGAAGUGAUGUGGCUGUUAAAUGAGAGAACUUGAGCUGCUCUUCAGUAGUGCACAGGCAGCACCCUAAAAGAGCCCUGGUGCAACUACAGUGGUCCAGAAGUAAUACUGAGUACUUAUAUCUCCCCGUGGAACGUGAGGAAUAGAUUCAAAUCUUGAAUGACUUUCUUCUUUUGGCACAUCUGCAAGCCAUUGGCCUCUUGAAUACAACAGCCUGUUUAUAUUCAACUCAUUGUGUUGCACCGUUCAUGUUGCAGUCAUUGCAGUUCCUUCUGUGAGUCUGCUACAACCUGUUUGAAAAUCUCUGAGCUGUAGGAACGUAUUUUUUAACUUACAGUGACUGUAUCAGAACAAAAACUCACCAAGAAAACUGAUAUUAAUGGUGUCAUUAGAAAUAGAGCUUUUAUACCAGAGCCUUAAGAACUGUACCAGCGCAAUGACAGCACCCGUGUUGCAUGAUGCACACAGUCAGAAGUGCCCAGACAAAUGAACUGAUAAUCUCCCUGUCAUAUGGUAGUUACUGCAGUCAGUUGUCAGCAGAGCAGCAAAGAGAGGGUCUAAAUGAAGUGAUCCCUUAAUGUCACAAUGAGCUGGUAGCCAAUUUGUGCUGGAAAUAAUGUUGUAUGCUCCCGGGUACUUUGAAACGUAGAAAACAAACAGAAAUGUUUUCAGACAAUGCUAUUUAAAAUGAACUGUGUUUACUGGCACCAGAUGUUUAUUUCAUCACUCAAGUACCUGACUAUAAUACUCCUCACGAAACAAAAGUAACAUAAGCAUUAAGCAGCGGCUCAGCACAAAAGCUGCUGUGGCAAAACUGCUCUGUGAAGGUACAGUUCUAGUGUGAGCAGCUCGUAACUUUACGUGAGAGUGCCUCUGUGUGUACUUCAUGAAGGACCACACUGGAAAAGAGAGUGAAUAAGACUGAACUUGAACAAUAUUCACAGUGCAUGUUUUACGUGGUGAACUUGUGCAGCAGUGGGUUUACGUGUCCCUGGUAGCAGCCUUUCAAAGAAAACAAACCGUAAUGGUGCUGCAAAGAGCCACUCUUAAAUAACAGUUCUUGAAGCCAGCAGUCACAAGGAUACGGGUUUCUGUCUCCUUCUCUUUAUUCAUUUCUCCUUUUCAUUGAGGCGUCAGUGUGUGCAGCUGGUCAAGUAGUUCAGCUUGAGUGUGUUUCUUCUUGGGUUCUCAGUACACACAGAAAAGAAGGCACCAGCUUUGUUCCUUUGGAAGCCCCCAUACCUUAUUUUAAGCAGAAUGAAAUCUGGAUGUUGGGCUGUAAAAGUGGUAACCUCUUUGUGCUUUUUACUGCAGCCACAGGCUGUUCUGUCACUAGCUGCAGCUUAAUGCAGACAUUAUUUCAUUGUUCUGGAUGUUAGGCUAUUUCUGAAACCUUUAAAGGGAAAAAAACCACCAUAGUCCAAAUCAUAGUUUUAUUAUAUUGUUCAUACACAGCUUCCAAUAAACUCUCUGUGCUUCAUCCUGCAAUGUGAAGUUGAGGCAGGAGGAAAGAAGGCAUGACAGCAGGAGGCAGAGGCUGCACAUUGACCAGUGCGUACUGAUCACCACCUCCUUCAAGGCAGGUCAGAGCAUGCAGUGUAAAGAGGCAAAUGAUUACUUGCCAAACAGUACCAACUUUCUUAACUUGAUACUACAGAAAACUGCUUUGUUCAGUCUUUGUGAAUACAGCUGUUUAGAAUUCUACUGUGUCAAUUCUGAAAGACAUUAUACACGAAGCAAUGGAACAGGGAUAUUUUGCUACAGGACGUUCCUGUUUUGCAAUACACUCCUAUUUUCUUAGAAAGAAAAGUGAGCAGAACCUUAUAAGACUAACAGUAAACAAUUUCAAAUUCAGUAUGUGCAUCUGAAGAGACAGGAAAAGAUCACUGAAAUUAUAGAUUGAAUUUAAAAGUGACUGUACCCUCUAAUAAGAGGCUUUUGUUCUUCAGAUAAUAGCAAGCAUUCGUGGCAGUGGUUUAACUGUAAGCAGACUACUGCUUUGUGCUUUGGUUGUGCAGAGCUUGUAACAUGCAAUAGGAUGCCGAGUUAAUAACUCACAGCUCAGCGCAGUGACUGGGUAAGUAAUGAGAAUAAAAAGUACAGAGAUC